GAAGGGAGUGGUGUUUCUGUGGCCACAGUUUGGUUUUCUCAACACUUGUCCAAAUUCGGAUUAAAACUUUGAACUUUUAGUCAAUAGCUUUCUCUGUCUGUCUGGGAUUGUGACCUGGGGUCCCUGAGAGGCAGAGCUGGAGUUGUGGACAGUGGCCUCAGACCGGCCCGGGCUGCCAGGAUCUAGCCCCUAUUUUGAUUCGACCCCAUCGCCUCCCCGGACUUUGGAGGUGGAAAGAGGCCCAGAGUGAGGGGCAGGGAGAGCGACUGACGCAGAAUGGCCACGGGAACGCGCUAUGCCGGAAAGGUGGUCGUGGUGACCGGGGGCGGGCGCGGUAUCGGAGCCGGGAUCGUGCGAGCUUUUGAACGAGGCACUCCUGCCCCCAUUCCCCUCCUGCCUCAGCCCCAGGAGCCCAGGCCCCCAGCCCUCCUCCCUCAGACCAGGAGUCCAGGCUCCCCCACUUCUCCUGCAGAGUCGGGGGGCCGGGCCCUGGAGCAGGAGCUCCCUGGAGCUGUCUUUCUCCUCUGUGAUGUGACUCGGGAGGAAGAUGUGAGGACCCUCAUUUCUGAGACCGUCCACCGAUUUGGCCGCCUGGAUUGUGUGGUCAACAACGCCGGCUACCAUCCACCUCCACAGUGGCCCGAGGAGACCUCCGCCCAAGGUUUCCGGCAGCUGCUGGAGCUUAACCUACUGGGGAUGUACACCUUGACCAAGCUCGCCCUCCCGCACCUGCGGAAGAGCAGGGGGAAUAUCAUCAACAUCUCCAGCCUAGUUGGGGCGAUUGGCCAGUUGCAGGCAGUUCCCUAUGUGGCCACCAAGGGGGCAGUAACAGCCAUGACCAAAGCUCUGGCCCUGGAUGAGAGUCAAUAUGGUGUCCGGGUCAACUGUAUCUCCCCAGGAAACAUCUGGACCCCGCUAUGGGAGGAGCUGGCGGCCUUGACACCCGACCCCGCGGCCACAGUGCGGGAGGGCGCGCUGGCCCAGCCCCUGGGCCGGAUGGGCCAGCCAUCUGAUGUGGGGGCUGCAGCUGUGUUCCUGGCCUCCGAAGCCAACUUCUGCACGGGGAUUGAGCUGUUUGUGACUGGGGGUGCAGAGCUGGGGUACGGGUGCAAGGCCUGUCAGGGUGCCCCCACCAGCCCUUCCUGACUCUCCACAUUUCCACGGGCACCUCCGUGACUAGGACUCUUCAACCCCAAACUCAAGUCUCCCACUUUGAGCUACCAUCUGCCCCUCAGGGACAGCCCCCAAUUCUAGACAUUAAGCCCACUUACCAAUGUGCCAAACCACCCCACAGAUUCUCAUAAAAGUUCUCUGCAGCCAGAA